CUGCCCCAUACACUCAGCCAAUCACUUGAUAGUUGCUACACUUAUUCUUUCUUCAAUCUCUCUCACCAUCUCAAGCUACCUAAUUCAACAAGAAAUUAAUCUCAAAACAUGGGCUCUGGAGACAAUCUCUUCACUGUUGUGGCAAAGAACAUUGAUGUUCUUGCUAUGCCUCUGGUUUCUCUCGUUUAUCCUCUGUAUUGUUCGGUGAAGGCCAUCGAGACUAAAUCGCGCAUAGACGAUCAGCAAUGGCUGACAUAUUGGGUGCUCUACUCUCUCAUCACCUUAUUCGAGCUCACAUUCUCCAAACUCAUCGAGUGGUUUCCGAUCUGGUCUUACGCGAAGCUGGCGGGCGUGUGCUGGCUGGUGCUGCCCUACUUCAACGGUGCAGCUUACGUGUAUGACAAUUUCAUCAGACCUUUCUACAAAAAUCCUCAGAUUAAAAUGUGGUACGUCCCAAGAAAAAAGGAUGUGUUUAGCAAGCCAGAUGAUGUUUUGUCUGCUGCUGAAAAAUAUAUUCAGGAAAAUGGACCUGAGGCGUUUGAAAGGCUCAUUGCUAGGGCUGACAGAGAAGCGAGGAGCAGGAGGAGCAGCUACUCGAUCUUCCAUGAUGAUUAUGAAUAUUAAUUAAUGAGUUGAUUUAAUUAAUUAAGCUUUUUUUAAUCUAAUUCUGACCGUUGUAAUUUGUUGUGUGUGAACUGUGUUCUUUCGCACCUACUUGGUGGUUUUUACAUAAUUUUGAGUUGUUGCACCAUGUAUGUUUGGGUUAAUUUACUGGAAGUGUUUGUGUAGUUUGUUAAUGUGAAUUGGAGAGCUGGAGUUUAGAAACUCAACAAGGAUAUGGAUUAA